CUUAAAUUAGAAUGGAAAUAUGAGGUGAUUGCUAAGGGCCGAUGUCAUUGGAUCUCACAGUUUGUGUUUCACGUGAAAGGCACCAAGUAAUUUUGCGUGUUGCUGAAGACAAAGCAUUCAUUUAAACCAGUUUGAAUGUAACAUGUGACUUGCCGGCUCGUUUCAUCAACUGUGCAGUUCCGUCCAUGGGCGCUUUGUGAAAGGAUCAUAGCUUCUUCGCACCAGGUAGGCUGAAAAAUAUUUUUCGUUAGGGUUUGAUCAUAAUUAAUGGCAAACUAAUUCCUCUCUGAUAUAACAUACGGCCAACAAAUUACAUCAAAUUUUAUACCCGCCACACCAAAUCUCUUUUUCAGUGCAUAUUUCAUGGUGAUCUCCUGAUAGCCAUAACCAAACCUAUUCAGACGUUUCUCUCGAUAAAGAAAAAAACGCUUCUGAAGUAUUUUUCCCAAUAUUCGAAGGGAACUGAAAUUAUAACCAAACCUCCUCAUACGUUUUAUUCUUUAUUAAAUUACAUAGUGUAAGAGCAAAAUCUCGGCCCUUCGUUGAUCAGUGCGGUGUGUCAAGCUCUCCUAUUAUGUAACCGCUGGUGCUUAAACUCACCAAUCUUGACGAAACUGCCUGUUCUUGACAGCCGAGGCGGGUGUAUUUCUUAUUCGAGACGGUCCCUCCAGUUUCAAACCGUCGUUUGAAACACUGUCUUUCGCCGCUUCCCGGCGAGGACUUCAAUAUUAGAUUGAGAAAAUGGGGCGCAAUGUCCAAUCACAAAUAUUGAUCGAGCACCGCUGCCGUCUGGCUCAAUGUGGCGUUGAAUAACUCAAGCAUGGUCAGAAAAACAUCAAGGAAACCGAUCAUUUGGUCUUUGUCUUUCAAAGCGCUGGCAAGUGUUACCAGUGGAAAAAUAAUAAUUUCAUCUUAAAAUCACAAUUCUAUCAAUUCCGAAAGGAGGCACAAUAUUUUGUUUUCACUUUAUGUGAAGUAUAUUUGUUUUACACGUUCCCCUCGGCUGAUCUAAGGUCAUGUCAGAUUUUCGUCAUAAUCUAUAGUACCAACUGAGAAAUUCUCUCGGUAGUGGGUUUCGAGCACAAAGUUUUGCUUCGCCAUAUAAAUGGUAACAAAAAGCCACACACGUGCUUAAAAUUUGUCGCAUGCAAAUUUCUAUAUAUUUGAUUGUUUACUGUUCGCGACAGGUGUACCAAAUUUAGCCACAACGAGAUUUUUUAGGAACAUUUUCAACUUAACGAUCGAGAGCUGGAUUUUAAAAUUCAGAGCAAAACCUUUAGAAUAUGGGUUAUAUCAAACCAAGAGCCCAUCAGGGUUCCUGAUCAAACUGAUUUGCAUUGAUUGAAAGGACGGGUCGUGUUGUAUAUCGAUUUAUACGCGUUUGCGUGCGCGGAAGGGUUUUGGGUGCGUGGGUUAGCCACCCACUUAAAGGAGAAUGGGUCGAGCGGGGGAAAUACGUUUGUUCAUUGAAGAUUCUAGUCUGCUACACAGCCGUUUUUAGGGUCGCCACGCAAUGCUGAAAACGGCUGUGUAACAGACUAUGAAGAUUCCCACACAAAUAACAGUAGCCUACAGAGCGAGGGCAGGCAUUUUUUAAGGGAAACUAAAAGUUACAUUGAUCGCCCAUCAACCUCUCCCUUAAAACCCGUUUUUGACUCGCCCUAACUCUCUGGUAGUAUUAAGGUCCAAGAUGGCUGGAUAGCAUUAUUUCCGAAAAAAUUAAGGAUAGCGCUGCAAAAUAUGCUUGCUUUUCAGGCUAAAAUAACAGAGAAAUACAUGUAAUGCAGUACGAAGUCAAAAAUGCUUUUUUUACCUUUUUUCAAACCACUCUUACCAAUUGUACGCCUGAGAAGCGGGCGUAAGGAAAAAAUGGCGAGAAGUUCUUCGUUCUUCUAAAGCCCCGUGCAAACGGACACAACAUUGUUGGCUGUUACAUGUUGCGUACGUUUGCACACCCUGUUGCAUGUUGUUGCGUGUUGUUGGGAGUUGUUGCGCGCAGUUUGAAACAGGUCGUGAUCGCCGAAGCGUAGCGCAACAAUGUUCGAUCCGCACAACUCUUCCAGCAUUUGUUUCGGCGACGCACGUGCAUUACACAUAGUCUCAUUCCACACACAUAUACUAUUUGACGGUCGGUUAUGACGUGCAUCAUUGACUUUGUGUGACAAUGUACCUAAAUAUGAGUGAGGAGACAACAUUGAGAGUAUGACAUUACAGUUGCAGUUUCGUUUAUUUCGUUCAAAAUUAAGUUUCAGAACGUUGAAUGAUCUUGAUUUCAAUGAAGCUAUUGAAAUUAAUGAUUUCAUCGCAUAAGUGUUCUAUUGUCGUCGUAAAAGUUUUGAAUACAUUAGUUCGUGUCAGUGCGUGAAAUCGCGAAAAUUAAGUGACUUAUGUUCCAAAAUUUACGAAAAAUCGCUAAACUAAAGUGCCUCUAAAUAGGGAUUUUUUAAAAUCACUAAAUUACCACGGCGCCAAAAUUUCAUGUAAUAUUAAGGUAGAUUGUAUCCUUCCCACGAUGCAGUACGGAUCCCAACAUUGUUGGGAGUUGUUGCAUCCGUUUGCACAUCACUGCCAAUACGGACGCAACAUCUUCCAACACUGUUGGCCCAGCAUUGUUAGCCCAAGAAUGCUAACUUGAAUCACCGCUGGAAGACAGUAAAAUUUAAUAGAGUUCAUUAUCCCUUGCCAUGUGGUUCCAAACCUAGACCCAGGGUUUUCCAGAUAGGUUCAUACCAAUGAUCCCCUACUCAAUUUUUUUGUCUCUUUUAAAUCUUCUUAACAAUGAAAUCCCAAUUCGACGAGUUCUUUGUAUAUGCCGUGGUUCGACACAUGGCGAGAGAGAUAAACACUAAGUAAAUCUGACCAUGACCUUGUUCUUUCAAUCAAGUCGCGUGAGAGUUACACGCGCGCGCGCAAUCAACCACUUUGCAUAAUUAUGGCGUAACAGAGGACGGUAGGCAAUUACACUCGGAGGUUCUCGCCACAACCAAUUGUUUAUCUCCAUGAACCUUACACAGGUAAGCUGGGCAGUGACUAUUGGACAAAUACGUUUCAUGAUCGAUCGCUCAAAGCCGCGUCUGUAGUCUCUUUGAGAAAUCAGAAAUAACACGCGAGAAAAAAUUCUUGAAACUAAAACUACAGUCGACUCCCGAUAACUCGAACCUUGAAGGGAAAUCGAAAAAAGUUCUAGUUAUCGGGAGUUUGAAGCAAAUAAUCGGAAGUAAGGAAAUAAGCAAAUGCAUGGGAAGGAAAGGCAAUUAAGUAACUAAGUAUACCGGAAUGGAUACUGAAUUUGAACUGAAGUGACAAAAAAAGUAAAGACAAAGAAUUUUAUACUCGGUUGUUUUGAAAUAAAUUCGAUGUUUCGGACUUCAGUACCGGCUUAUUUUCCGACUUGUCACACGCUUAUAACAUGAUUCGAGUUAUCGACGGUAAAAUUUUAUAGAAAUGAUCGGAGGGGAAACAAAAAUUACUUCGAGUUAGCGGAAGGUUCUAGUUGUCGAGGGUUCGAGUUACCGAGGAUAAAAUUAUAGUAAAUGUAAGAAGGAAAUCUAGAGGAAAUCGACAUUGGUUCGAGUUAGCGAGGGUUCGAGUUAUCGGGAAUCAACUAUACUGAACUAUAGUCUUACUCGGCUAAUUGCAUGCAAAACACGGCAUAUUUGAAGCUACAACCUGUAGUUUUGCCAAAACUUAUAUCCGACUCCAAAAAUCCUUCAACGCUGUGGCAAAUGAGAGCAUCAGCUCUUGUCAACCAAAUGAAUCACAGGUUUGCCCCUCUCGGUCGUCAUUCAUGUUGUUAUCGAUCCUUUCAAAAUUCCACCAGCAACACAAACAUAUUCGUGCAUAAAUGUGUUUACUUCAGGAGCCUAUAGACACAGGUCCGGGGGGAGACUCCCUAGAAAAGUGUCGGGGAUGCUCGUCGUCUCGCUCAGGGGUAAAAAUUGCAGAUAUUGGUCUCACCUAGGCCUGGGGCAAACGUCGAAUCUUUUAGUCGAACUUAAUUCGUCGAACCUAUUAAUUUUGAAAUAGGCGCGUGAAUGGUGCGACGUUUGCGGCAAUUAAGUUCGACUCAAAUUAAUUGGUUCGACUCCAGCAUAAGUGCGACUUGCCAAGUCGGAUAAUGCGAUAGUGCCAGUUCGGCGUUUCAGCAAACGUCGGUCUAAACACAAGCUGAAUUCAAUUCAUAAAUCUCGCAAAUUACAAAAUAAUUGAUUCAAAUGUGAUGGACUGCGCACACGUCACAAAAAUACCGACUCCACCGUCUGCCAGACGCUAUUCCCCCCCUGACAAGCAUGCGCUGUACAAAGACAAUUUCGCUUCCGGGAAUUGCGAGCAAGUCGAUACCAGGCUCUUCAGUGACGGUGUCUUUUUCAAUGGCGUUACGAAUGCGAUCCAGCAGAAACUUAAAUGUAGAUCUAGAUAUCCUGAACUCUUUAAACCGUUUCUCGCUGUCAGUGGUCCAUAGAUUCGCAUUGCGUUGGAAGCGGUGGCAAGACGGACUCAAGACCGCUGCUCCAUUGUUAUUCGCUAACAAAAGCACCGUCAAGUAUGCCACUUAGAGCAAUAGCUGUCUUCUCUGAUACCCUGUACUCAGAGCUGUAUGUAAUGCGAGUCUUCUCUUUCUAUUUUUCGCAAUUAAUUGCCAAAAAAAGGCCCGACGAGCGCUGUAUUUCGCCAUUUCUCCGGCCAAUCCUAGAGGUAACUAGCCGCGCAUCAAGUGAAUAGCACGGGAACACGUUCUUAUUCCCGUGUUUUAAUGAAGUGCAACUUGUGAAAUAGGAUCGACGCAGCUUCGACGUUUGUUACCGCGAUGGAAUUAAGUCGACUCUUUGUCUAACCUGUUUUUAAUUUGUUCGAGGCGACUUAGAUUCGACGUUUGCCUCAGGCCUUAGGGUGUUAAGGAAGGAACUUUCUUCCCAUAAAGGUGUCAAUUAGGGUUGUGCGCAAAGAAAAAUCUUUAUAAAAAGAUACAAGCACCGUCAUAGUGUGCUGCGGUAUGGUCUCCUCCAGGGGAUAAAAUAAAACCUGAACCACGCCCAGAUUGGAGUGGCUUCAUUCUGAUUUUCCGAUGGGCAUUCCCGUCUCUCUAAUUUGAAGGUCUCCCCCUUUCUUCAGGACACAGGGAGUACGGGCCUACCCGGUCCCCCUAUUUAUCAUACAGCCAUGAAAUGCUGCCUCCUCCAAUGGCAUUCCGAAGACUAAGCGGAGAAGCGCGGAUCAAGGGAAGGGCGGGAUAUAAGCUUAAUCACAAGUGACUGGGAUCGACGCAGAAAAAGUGCACUAUUGUCGGGUUCCUCUUAUGUGAUAUUGAAUACGUGCACGUGCAGUCACAUGAUUUUUUUCCUUCACAAACACCAUAUCAUUAAAGGUCAUUAAUCACAUUAGGUUUGAGCCAUAUAUAUCCUGCUAAAUGCCAUUGUUUAAUUACAUCCGGUAGGGUCAAAAGCACGGUUCUUUUUCUGCGCUAGUGUGGCCAUUGACAGGCGCACAGACAAUAGAAAGAACCGAACGAACAUUGACAGCAAGAACUGUGCGUGGGGAUCGCUUUGAAAAGACCAUUUUGUAGCUGAGACAGGUAAAAUUAAUGUGACUAAGCCAAUUUGAAAUUCAUACUUUGCUUCCAGGUUUUGGGGAAUAAAACAACAGAAAUGUAUUAUCCAUCUCUACAUUUCAACUCAGUUGACGUCUCUUAUUUUAUUCCCCCACGACUCGAAGCAAAGUACUGUAUUCAUAAUAAUAUAUUUAAACUGGUCUACAGUCAAUUAAGACGGUCGACACCUUUGGCACCAGCAUUAUGCGUCCAUCUUAGCGAGGUGCCGUUGCGAGAGAGUUAACUGUAUAGACCUUGUCACGGUUUUUGACGAGUAGGCAAACGCGUGAGAAAUUACAGCGUUUGUAUAUGAGAAUCUAAUGUCGAAUAAUUUCCGUAAAACGGCUGUUUUGAAAAAAUAUGAAUUGUAAACUAAAGCUUCACUCUUAAGGAUUCUACUGAAAAAAUUUGAGGGCGUUACAUGCGCUAGAAGACCUAGAACCUUCUUUUAAAAUUUUCUAUAUAUUUGUCUGUAAAAAUUUCCCGGGAAAAAUUGCAGACAAAUAUAUGGAAAAUCUAAAGCAAGCUUCUGGAGAAAUUGAAGCACAGUAACGGCCCCCAAAAUUUGUCAGUAAAAUCCUUUGCUGUGUAGCUUUAGUUUACAAUUCAUAUUUUUUUCCAGAACAGCCGUUUUACAGAAAUUAUUCGACAUUGGAUUUUCAUACAAACACUGUAAUUACUCACGCGUUUGCCCAGUCGUCAAGAUGGCGUCGAAAACCAUGACAAGGUCUAUUCCUUCAAUGCUUGUUUCAAUACCUAGGCAAAAUAGAACGAAACACGGAUGUAUCUACGGACAAAAACAAACCUUCUCGAACAUUUUUAUAAACAGAUUAUGUUUCUGUAGGAAACUACUGUAAAGUGAUAUCAUUUUACAAAAGGAACAGACUGCGGGAAUGUUUCUACAGGAGUCCCCCGACAUUUCAUGCGGGUAAAAAACAAAGAACGAAAUGAAUUACCAAAGAAUAAUGCAUCGAAUAAUGCUUGAGUCAUACACGUUGCCAUCUCGUCGGAGCAGUUCUGGGAUAUUCACACAACAUCACUCAACAAAAAUACCGGAAAACACUCAAGGUUUUUGAGCCCACAAGAAUGAAAAUCUCAACCACAGUUAUGUUUUCACUGAAAGCGCUGGUCACUGCUGUUCAGGUAGAUAGGAUGCAUGAAUCAGCCAUUUGAUGAGUGUGAUCACGGCUGCCCUGGCGUUUUUAUGACACGGGUAUCGGGUACAUGUAAGUUGCUCGUGGCGGGUUUGCAUCCUGAUCAGUCUCGCAGUACUUUUACUUAACCUGACACUGCGGGACGUACACGCAGACUGCAAGCAGUCUCUUAUUUUUCUUUGCAAAGCCACUCCACGCGUAAACCAUGCACGCGAACGGCGAUUCCCUUAAUUUGUUGUUUGUAAUCGCGUUGGCUGGGUAGGAACUGGACGAAUUUUAAGAGAAAAGGAAAGCUCCAGCAGUGUUCCACCGACGUUACAAAUAUCUGGCAGUGAUCACUCCUCGGCCAGUCAGUUGUUCAAAGCUGGGUUAAGUUAACCCAGGGUUAAUGCGAGAUUUGAAUUCAGAUUUGAAAGUUUAAAAAGCAUUUCAGUUUGAAUUGUUUUUGUCUACAAUUUGAUGAUUGGAAGCUCUGAAAGUACCAGAGAAAAUUAUCCGAGAAAAUGCUUUUGAACGCAAGAAAUAGAAACCAAGGUUAAAUUUAACGCCGGGUUAAGCGCUAAUCGGCCUUCGAACAACUGGGCCUGGUGUACUAUUUAUGGCAAUGACCUGGGUCGGUGUCGUGUUGAAUUACACUAUUGGCCUGUUUUGAGGAUAUAAAUUUUAACCCAUGCAGUUUCCUGCCCAACCCGGUAACAGCCAGUAGGAGCUGUAGGGCCCCUAGACAGGGUCCCCUAACAGUCCCUUGUUGCAAUUCGGCACAAUAGCGACCCAGUCCCACACUCAACUUCAAAAUAACCAAUCCCUGAUCUUCCGUGAGUAUUCUAGGGGAGCCAUUUACACAAACCGCCUGGGUGGAGAUCUUGUGCAUAAACACAACUAUAGAAUUUGACGUAGAAGGAGAACGACCUGCUACAAAAUCUAUCCAAAUAUGCUGAACAUACUAAAAAGAGUAGAAAAAUUGCGUCACAUCAAAGGCGUUUGGAGGGGAAUUGAAGGGAAAGGGAGUUUUAGGUGAGAAAGAAAAGCGAGGGCCGGGGCUCCCUCCCUCCUCGCGUGCCCCUCGCGUUUCUCUCGCGCCUAAAACUUCCUUUCCCUUCCCUUUCAAACGCCUACCACUCAGGCUAUAUUUUCUGCAGCUUCCCAAAAGGAUGAAUGGCGCGAAGCGUUUGAUUUUCUAACCUGAUUUCCUGAGUAAACCAUAAGUACCUCUAAUCUUAUGUAGAGAUAACCUCUUGUUCCAUCGUCGGGGUGCCUUGACUGUACUUGCAAACAGACUUUUAAUAAGAAUGUGAACGUUUCUUUUACUUACAGGUGUUUUUGGCUGAAGAAUAUGAGGACACCUUCAGAGGCCAACUCAGGUGGGAGCCAGGCUCAUCACUCAGCUUCCAGUGGUGUGGGUCCCAAUCACACCAUGGAGUCUGAAACACAGAAUGGUCACAUGGGUGUGCUCGAUUCAGAGAAAUCACGUGUCACCAGAAGAAAACCAGACGAAAACCAGACAAAAAUUGCCUCUUCUCCUAAGAUCGUCAGAAGUCAAAACGACAUAAUUAAUUUGUCACCAGGCCUACCUGGUGUCAGCGUUGCUAUUUUAGGAUCCGUCAUGUUGCUUUGGCCACCGGUGUGCGUUGCGUUUUUUUGGCUGUCCUGUCACUCUUAUCAGUGCUCGUUAGGAAGUCUGGGAAAGGUGGUCCUCGGCAAGUUAUCCGACGGAACUAUUAUCACUUUCUGCAGGCAAGUCUUCCCAGCGGUAAGCAGCGAAGCAAUCAUUUUGUACAUGGCUUGGAUGAUUCUGCAGGUGAUUUUAUUCAUUGCCCUGCCCGGCCGCAUCAGAAGAGGCACUGCCACGCCAGCCGGGAAUGUGCUUAGUUACAAGUGUAAUGGUAUCAGUGCUUGGGUGGUGUCACACCUUUUGUUUCUCAUCUUGGUGAAGAAGGGCUUCAUUAAUGCCACCAUCAUCAGCGACAACUGGGGAGCCCUGAUGGUCAUCAGCAACGUGUUCGGAUUCGGCCUGGCCAUGUUCGCUUAUGUGAAGGCGUACUCUUUUCCGAGUCAUCCCGAGGACCGUUGCUUCAGUGGAUCGGCCUUUUACGAUUUCUUCAUGGGCAUUGAGCAUAACCCGAGAAUCGGUUCUUUUGAUUUCAAACUGUUUUUCAACGGACGGCCAGGAAUAGUCGCUUGGACUCUGAUUAACCUGUCCUUCGCCGCUAAGCAAUACAAUGACUUCGGCUAUGUCACCAAUUCCAUGAUCCUGCUCAACAUUCUGCACGGAACCUACGUCGUAGACUUCUUCCUCAACGAAUCUUGGUACCUGCGCACAAUAGACAUCGCUCACGAUCACUUUGGUUUUUACUUAGCCUGGGGCGACACUGUCUGGCUCCCAUUCAUGUACACCCUCCAAAGUGUCUACUUGGCCCGGCAACCUGUAAGCCUGCCAUGGUGGGGCUGCGUUGGCACGUUUCUUCUGGGUCUGACCGGAUAUUUGAUUUUCCGUUCAGUCAAUCACCAGAAAGAUUACUUCCGGGUUGAGAUGAAGGCGAAUGACAAGUGUACAAUCUGGGGGAAGCCAGCGCAGUACAUCAGGGCAUCCUAUCAAACCACGGACGCCGAGCAAAAGAUGUCUUACCUACUCGCUUCUGGCUGGUGGGGACUGUCACGCCAUUUCAAUUACGUCGGUGACCUGAUGAACGCGCUGUCGUACUGCUUGGCGUGUGGCACUGGUCACAUUUUACCGUAUUUCUACUUCCUCUUCAUGUUCAUCCUUUUGAUCCACCGUUCGUUCCGCGACGAUGUCAGGUGUAAGCAGAAGUAUGGAGCGUACUGGGACAAGUAUUGCCAGCUCGUACCAUAUAGAAUCAUUCCUUUUGUGUUUUAAAGAACACUGUU